CUACCAAAACAAGUGCAAUGGCCUGCUGGGUCAGCCUAUUUUAAACGUCGAAAGAAAAAUACCCAAAUGUGUCGACAAAACACAGAAACAACGUGUCCGUUUCGACGUAGUAUUACAAUUUUUAACAAAAAUAUACACUUUACUGACGCGAUUGGUGACUGGAAUAGUAUUUAGUUUUCUUAAUUUUACAACCCCCCUCUUUAGAGCCAACAUGGUAGCGGCGUAAGGUCUUCUUCCUGUCAACGCCGCACGCGUGUGGGUCAAAGCCACAUUGUAGUCCUCGCUUUUUGUUAUUAUAAUGGAAUUAAGUCAGCAAGUACCGCGCAAAAGUUUUAUAUGUUCAUUCUCUGACUGUCAUGCAUCGUACAACAAAGCAUGGAAACUAGAUGCUCAUAUUUGCAAGCACACAGGGCUGAAACCAUUUGUGUGUGAACAUGACGGCUGUGACAAGUCAUUCUGCGACAAGUACCACCUAGCUCGGCACCAGUUGAGCCACAGUGGAGAGAGACCCUUUAGAUGUACAGUAGAUGGAUGCACAGAGGCCUUCACCACAAAUUACAAUUUGAAGAAACAUGUUAAUCGCAAACACAACCAUGAUGAGGAGAAACUGUAUGAAUAUGUGUGUAGCUUUGAGGGAUGUGGGAAAGUGUUCAGGAAGAACAAUCAGCUCAAGUCACAUGAGUGCCAGCAGCACACCAAACUACCUCCCUUUCACUGUACCUUUGAGGGCUGCGAGAAACAAUUCACUUUCCCCAACAAACUACGGCUUCACGAGAAGGUGCACAGAGGCUACCCCUGUGAAAAAGAUGGCUGUUCUUUCAUCGGAAAGACCUGGACUGAGUAUACUAACCAUAGGAGAGACGUCCACAGAGCCCUUUUUCAGUGUAAUGAGUGCAACAAGGUGUUUCGCGACACCUGGUUCCUGAAGCAGCACCAGCGUGUCCACGCAGAGGAGCGCCAGGUGUUUAUCUGUCCCAGGGAGGGGUGCCAGAGGUCCUUCACUACGCCAUUCAACCUGCAAAGCCACAUCGGCUCUUUCCAUGAGGAGCUACGGCCUUACACCUGCCCCCAUGAAGGCUGUGGAAAGACCUUUGCCAUGAAGCAAAGCUUACAACGCCACAGUGUUGUCCACGAUCCAGAAAGGAAGAAACAGAAGAAACCCCGACCCAAGCGAUCCCUGGUUUCCAGACUGAGUGGUUACAAGCCCAAUAAUAACAGUCGUCCAAUACCCCAUGCAGCUUUGCAAUCAGAAUCCAUUGCAAGGGGUCAGUCAGAGCAAACGAACACUGUUGGAUCAGAGCCUAUUACCCUGGUAUCCCUUCUUCAGGACACAGUCUUUUGCAACUCUGGUUAAGAAAUCAAACUGUGACCAUCUGACUGGAUUUUGCCUUAUGGCAGUAUUACUUUCAGUGCCAAUUAGCGUACAUUUACUCCAGACAACCCCCCCCCCCCCAUGAUAUUGCCUUCGCUAGUUUAGUUCACUGUGCAUAGAUCUUUCAUUUGUACUUGAGCUCAUGAGUUUACAUGCACAACUGUUAACUUAAUACAAUCAAACUGAAGUGCUGGGCAUGGUGGGCUGUGAGCUGGUAUCAGGAUGGUGCUGCGGCAACUGUUCAUUUCUUUGACUUCCUUAGCAGGUGGACACAGGAUGCACAUGGUAGCUCUUCCAUAUUGGAUGACUUUGGGUUUGGAAAGAAUUCCUGUCAGCACCUCUGUUGCACUAUCUGCUCCAUGGUUGUGUCCUGCCGUCAAAAUCAUAAAAGUAUGGAAUGCG